GAGAAACACAAGGAGCAAGGGAAGAGCCGUGCCAGAGGCGACUCUUGGCCAUUACUACUGAAACUACAAUAGCAGCGCAUUGUUGUUAUUGUUCGCAGCAGGAGCCACCCGAUUCAAAAGACAACGACGAACGCUACACAGUUCCAGUGAUUGCCGUUAUGGUAGCAAUAAUGAUGGCCACAAUGUGCGCUGCAGGGGCCAUCAAAUUUGGAUGCAACCGACAGGGGAGGAGGACCCCAGCUGCAGAAGUGGCUCUAAAUCAUGUGACAAGUUAGAACACAUUAUAAACUAUUUCCAAUAGUCGAGUCUAGUAUGCGACAGGGGUGCAUACAGUGGGUGGCCGAGCCAUAUAAAAGGCACUGGACAAAUGUAUAAGUGGUUAUAUAUUAAGAUAAAUGAGGUCGGCAACCUUAAUGUUUGGUGUUUUGGAGACAGGUGCAAAAAGCAGCGAAUUCCUUAGACACUCAUGUCCGAUCGCACCAGUGUGCAAAUGACCUGAAUGGUGAAGAAUCAGAUGUUCAAGACAUCAUAAGAAAAGGUUAUGUAAGGUCACCAAUAUGUGUGCUAAAUAAGACAUGUACAUGGGAAAUGGAAAAUGCACGGACAUUGGAACCGAGAAUAGACUAGCAUGCAUUGGUUAGUAGGCGUAAGUGCUUAUGUCCGUGAGCACAAAUAUCAGAUAUAACCCCAAUGUGGGACCUUAUCGAUUGAUUAGUAAAGAAUCUGUCAGUGGUGAUCCAAAAACUGGAGGGUGCUAGAAGGUCCAUCAUAAGAUGGAUUCGGCUGUUGCUACGUAAUAGUAAAUUCUCUAGAUGUUUAUAUGACGUAUUGAUAAAGACUCGUGGUCGUCUGACAGUAAGGGCUUUGAGUCAUGGCUGAACAUACGUGGACAAGUUUGCUCGAAGGUUCAGGAGGCGUGAAGGUUGAAGAGGGGGAGCCUGAUACACUAGGAGAGUCAAAGGUGGUCUUACCAGAGAAGCUGUUUGUUCAAGAUUGGAGAGAGAGAGUCAGAGGGGCAUUGAAAGCUGUGGAAAAGGGGAUGUCAUUACGUCAGGCUGCUAGUGCACAUUCAGUAGGCCGUAGCACUGUAAGUAAAUAUCUACGAGGAGCAGUGGAUAUAAGUCUACCACGGAGUAGGGCAUGUCUGUCUCCUGAUAUAGAAAGGGGUAUAGUAGACUGGUGCCUCGAGAUGGCUAGGAUUGGUCAUCCUCAGACCAAAAAGAGUCUGCCAUUGGUAGUCCAGCGUAUUCUUAAUAAAAAGAAGAAGAAAGUUUUUGGUAAGAAUAAUCUACCCUCUCAUGGAUGGGUAUGCAGAUUCAUGGGUAGACACCCUGAGUUGUCCAACCGAAUACCGGAAAAUCAAGUUCGGUUGAAGGGUACCAUAACUCCAAAAACAAUCUCCACCUUUUUCAAAAACUUGCAAGCCCUUUUAGUGGCUGAGGACAUAAAUGUAAGUGAAUUUUUAAGCCCAGAUAAUGCAUCGCGAGUUUUCGUCUGUGAUGAGACGGGUAUUUUCGUCAGUGCACAGGACGGGGCUUUUGAUGUGUUGGUUAAAAAGCAUGUUCAGAGUACUAUACUGUCAGGAGAGGGGAAGCCCAUGGUGUCUGUCCUGUGCUGUGCUUCAGCUGAUGGAAGUCUCAUGAGGCCUUUUAUAGUUAAUAAAGGGAAAACUCCGAUGGUAUAUGGGAAGCACCAGGAUUUGGAAGCAGAUUCGUACCGUGCAGGGUGCUCUGAUUCUGGGUCAGUGACAGCAGACCUGUUUGAUGACUGGCUGGGUAACGUUUUCGAAAAAGAACUUGUGAAGAAGAAUAUUGAAAAACCUGUUCUCUUAAUUCUGGAUGGCCACUCAACCCCGUUAAAUAUGGAAACUCUAAGAUUUGCCCGUGAUAAGAAAAUCCUCAUGUACUGCCUUCCUCCCCACUCCUCCCAUAUAAUGCAGCCAUUUCAUGUCUCUGUAUUCAGGCCACUCAUGGCAGAGUACAGAAAGGCAUAUAAUGAAGUCUGGGGGGAAUUUGCAGCCAAUGAAAUGCCAAAAAAAUAUUUCCCAAUUGUCUUAAUGAAGGCGAUUAAAGAAGGUAAUAUAAUUGAAAAUAUAAAAAGUGGAUUCCGGACAACAGGUUUGGUCCCUUUCAACCCCAAUGCCAUCAAACUCUCCAGGUUUAUUAAGGCAGCAAAACAAGAAAAUCCUUCACCUGUCCACUUCAGGAGACCUCUACAGUUACAUCAGUAGUAGCACCCACAUCGUACGAGGAAAUCUUCAACCAAGGUUUUAUUAUGGGACAAAGAGCACACCUGAAGCGUUUAGAGGCUGUGCUCUCACCGGAUGAAUUAGCCCUUUACAAAUCCAGGAAGACUGAUGUAGGUUGGGUUUAUUCCCCAGGCACGCCUUACAUGGUUUGGAGGGAACUUGAAAUCAUUAAGCCGUGUCCUGCGGAGAGGAAUCCGUAUGCUGGGCAAACUCAGCCUCUGGCAGACGCUAGUGAGAUUGCACCUCUCCCGCAAGCAAUUCCCUCUAAAAGUGGGCCUCAGUACCAACUUAGUAGUAGUGACAUGUCUUUACCUGGCCCAUCUGGGAUUACCUCCACAACAACACCUUCAGGAAUAGCUGAGCAAACAUCAGACUCUAUAAGAUAUUUGAAGAUGAAAGAAAGGAAGAAAAAGCUAUUUGAAGAGAAAAAGGAGCAACGUAAGAAGGAAAGGGAGGCAAACAAGAAGCCGGGAAAAGGAAGAAGCAAAGCAAAGUAAAGGGUAAAGUAAGAGCACCGCCUAAAAGCAAAUGCUAGAUGAAGACAGUGAUAGUGAGAGUGAUUUCAGUGGUGUUGAGGAACUGGAGGUAAGCAAUGACAGCGAAAGUGAACUGAAUAGUAAAUGUGGAGUUAUUCAAAGGGAAGACAGAAGCAAAUUUUCAUUGGGUGGUAUGCCAGACUUGUGAAAGGUGGUUCCACAAAAGAGGAAAAUUUCAUCAGUGCUUAACUAGAAUUGAGUAUUGUAAAUGGGAACAUGAUGUGGAAAUGCUGUUAAUCAAAGAAGAGAAAGAGAAUUUGGAGGAGGAUCUUACUGAAAACACAGAUGAUGGAAGGCUCUUUAUUUGUAGAUCCCUUCCUAGAAAUCAAGGCAGAACCAGAAUCUUUUGGCCAUAGUGAAUUGGAUGUGAACUGUUCAUUCUGAUCUAUUAAGUACAAGAGGACAGCUCUCUAAGCUGUGAUGAUGAAAGUGGACACAGGAUCUAUUUUGCAGAAGAAAAUAUAUAUUUUUAAGACAGAAGUACCUACUUUCAAAAAGAAACAACACAGCUGGGAUGCAAAUAACAUACAUGUGCUGAAUGCCAAAGGACAUUUUCACAGAAAUGCUCUCAAAACACAUAUGAGAACUCUUACAGGAGAGAAAUCAUAUAUUUGCUCUUUAUGUCAAAGAAGUAUUUCAGGUCAAGUUUUUCCUCUUCAAGUCAUCUCAAAGCACACAAAAAUUGACACUAGACAGAAACUUUAUUUAUCUUUGUCCAAGUAGUUUUUCUAACUCUGAAAUUCUCAAAGUACAUAAUGGAAAUCAUUGUAGAGACAGGAAAUUCUCCAAUACUAAUAUGAAAAGUGUUGGACAAUUUCAAAUGCUAUUAGAUAGCUCAUGAAAAUUCAUCAUAUUUACAAGGCAAUUAAAUGUACCGAAUGCCAUAAUAGGUUUUUAGUAUUACUUUGCUCGUAUAAAACAUUAUGAGAACCCAUAUUGGAGAGAAGCCAUUCACAUUUCAUGAAUGCCAAGGUAUCUCAAAAGGUGUGCGAAAACUCAUACUAGACAGAAGUCUCUUCCAUAAAACUUACUUAGUGGAAGUCAACGAUUGUUACAUUAAACA